AUGAUGAGCAGAAAUAUUGUGAGAGGUACUUCUGGAUCAAUUGGCAGCGGUAAAUUUGUUGUUAAAGCUCAGACUACAGGUGUUAAUUUGAGAUUGGUUAAAUCUAUUAGUACAGGUGCUGAUAAGGAUGAGGUUAAACAUUUUAAAGAGUUGGCUCCAACUUGGUGGGAUAUUAAAGGUUCUCAACGUAUCUUACAUUUAAUGAAUUUGAAUAGAGUUGAUUUUAUUAGGAAAAUCAUGGCUCAGUCUAUCAAGAUCAGUGAUCCUGAUGUAUAUGUUCCAGGGUUUGAUUAUAAGAAAUUUUUACCAUCAAUUGUGUCUAGGAAUGUUGAAAAUCAGAUAGAACAUGAGAUCAAUUCUGAAUUGUUGUCUAAACAGAUGCAUAUUCUUGAUAUUGGUUGUGGUGGUGGUAUCUUGACUGAAUCCAUGGCAAGAUUACCUUACUUUAAACAAGUUACAGGUAUCGAUUUAACACCCGAAGUUCUUGAAAUUGCAAAAGAACAUGUCAAACAGGAUCCUGCUAUUGCUCACAAGAUUAAAUACGAGCUAAAGCCUUUAGAAGAAGUCAAGCAGAAUUAUGAAGUAAUUACAUGUUUUGAGAUGUUAGAACAUGUUGAUAAACCAAGUGAAAUUCUAGAUCAUGCUUGGAAAUUAUUAAAACCAAAUGGGGUUCUAUUUUUGAGUACCAUUAACAGAGACAUGAUUUCAUGGCUGACUACUAUUGUUUUAGGAGAAUACAUUUUAAAGGUCGUUCCAAUUGGUACCCAUCAUGUAGAAAAGUACAUAAAUUCAUCAGAGAUUAUAGAAUGGUUCAAAGAAAAUUACAAUGGUCAUUUUGAAAUAAUGGAUACGUUAGGUUGUAUGUAUGUUCCAACUAAAGGUUGGGUUGAACAUGAUCGUGUCAAUGUAGGCAAUUACAUGAUGGCUAUUAGAAAACUAAAAUAA